AUGUGGUCUGUCAUUGAGAUGCAGACUUUUCUCUUGGUGCUGAUAUCGCUGUCGAUCACAGCGACGGCAUGGGGUCAAUGGAGAACCUAUCAGCGAGUUCACCAACUUUCGUUGUUGCCGAAGAACUCCACAAUGCGAUUAUGCAGAGAUUUCAUGAACCCGAGUAGAUUUCAAAAAAUUCUGAAACCAUUUCUGGUGCCUAGAAUCGUAGAUACCCCGCAGCAUCGGCAAGUAGGCGAGUACAUACACAAUUAUUUCACAAAGCUGGGCUGGCACACAGAAUGGGAUCAGUUCCAGGAAAAUACUCCGUAUGGUCGCAAAACCUUUAGAAAUCUCAUAGUGACGAAUGGUGUGAAUGCGCCACGACGUCUGGUACUGGCUUGUCACUAUGAUUCAAAGAUCUUACCUGGAAAGGUUAUGAUAGCUGCAACCGAUUCAGCCGUACCUUGCGCCAUGAUGAUGGAUAUCGCCAGAACUCUUACUCCUUAUAUGUACAAAAGAGUAGCCGCCGAUGUCGCCCUUCAACUCAUAUUCUUCGAUGGAGAAGAGGCAUUUGUGGAAUGGACACCCACUGAUUCCCUUUAUGGAUCUAGGCAUUUGGCGAGGAAAUGGGAAACAAAAUGGUAUCCAACGACUACCGGCACAAACUUUGAGUUGAGUCGAGAAAUUGAUCGAAUCGAUGUUAUGAUGCUUUUGGAUCUUAUUGGAGCUGCUAAUCCUGGAUUUCACAACACUGCUGGCUUGGGUGCCAACCGGCUGUUUGAGUAUCUUCCAGAUAUAGAGAAUGAAUUGCGAAAACUUGGUUGUCUUGGUCAAGUGCGCAACGUUUUCUACCCUCAGCUGUCCUACCAAUCCAUCGAAGACGAUCACGUUCCAUUCAUGAUAAGAGGAAUUCCUAUCCUUCACUUGAUAUCAGUACCAUUUCCAAGUGUGUGGCAUACUGAUGGUGACAACGAGAAUAUUCUCCAUUAUCCAACUAUCUAUCAUAUAACUUCGGUUAUUCGGGUGUUUGUGGCCAAGUAUCUUGGGAUCGCCCCCUUAUGAUUGUUGUUGAUGAUUAGGUUGACAUUUGAAGUUAAGAAAGCCUAGGGGGCUAAUCAUUGUCUUCAGAUGGAGUUAAAAGCCACGAGGCGUAUUUAGGUAAUCCUUUUCUAAGCAUUUUUGGGUUGCUCUCUUCAAUUCUUCUCUACCUUUCGGUAUCUUUUGUUGAGUCAUUGAAACAUAUUUUAAAACCUCAUUUAAGCUUUUUUGGAGCUACAACGAAGUUUGCUUUGCAAAUUUCCACAGCUAUCAUCUGAAUAAUAAUGAGCGGAGCAUAAUCGCAUUGUAUUCUUUUAUUCUGUCCUUAUGGUCUUUGUCUUCUAAUUUUUUCUUGCUUUGGAAAUGAUGCUUUAUUCACAAAGCUCAUAAUCCACCUAACUCUUUUUUUCACUUAAUAUUUUUCUGAGAAGUCCGAAACUUUCAUUCCUGUUUCAUUGAUUUUAUGGCUAUAUAUCUAGUCCAUGAUGUUACUCGAUUUUGUUUGCCAAUGCGGGAUUUUGAAAUAUGUGAUAAUAGCAUUUGUUUAGGA